AUGCUACGGCGAAAUAUCCGCCGUGAACCAGGCGGCGGCGGCGGAACUCGCGGUCAAUGGAAAGAAGUGCAGAUCAAAGUAUACGGAACUACCAAAAGAAGGUCGGACCUAAAGAGACGAGAAAAGGAAAGGACUGAAGAAUCCGCAUACCUUGGCCCAGCCCCAGAAGGUUUGUUUGAGUGCCGAUUGGUAAUUCCGAACGCAGACCAAUUUCCAAAUGGCCUUGAAAAUCUUUCUGGAUUGGAUACCGUGAGGCAGAGUCAGCGAGUCUGGAUCAAUGUAGUCGAACCGGACGUUUUGUCGGUUCGCAGCAAGACUAUGGCCAAUUUGCGAGAGGCUAUGGGUGCAAUUAACUGGGCUUUCCAUGACAUGAGGCUCUCGGUUGAAAACCCGGCGGCUCAAUUCAUAGUCCAAAUGCCCAAAUAUGCCCACGCAGAGGGUCCAGUCUUUGUUGAUCUGGGUGCCCGCCCAGUCAUUGGAGAGACAGACGCACCCAAUGAAGCCAGGGAAGCCAACGUCAUCGUGAACGACCUCGUUGGGAAAAUCGCACCUGGCUUAUCAGGCUCGAUGGAAACUCUCAGGGGUUUGGACAAAGACCUCUCGAUGCGUGCUCACCUUGGACGGAUCAACAUUCGCCAGAAGAAGACGGGGGCGGGCAGAGAAUUCUCUCUCAAGCAAUUCGAGCAACUCAUGAAGACUUACUCCAUCCGCGGAGGAGCUAGUCUGAACUCCGAAUUGGCCGAUGUGCAAUUUGUUGACAAUGUCAUUGACUGGUUCAGCAACCCAGCCCAUGGGCUAGUCGAGGAGGCGGGCGAGUUGGAAUGCAAAUGCACACUCGCAAUAGUGAGUCCAGAGUGCGAGUUGGGUGGAACAGUUCAAGAUGUGUCUGGACCAAGCCCUCAAGUUUGGCUAGAAAAUCCAUUUUCUUUCGAGCAACAUCCCAGACUUGACUGCACAGUGGCCUCCCCGGAUAGACAAUUCGACUGGAACUUUGAAGUUCAUGCCGGUAUCAUUAUGGAUACUGCUCCUAACGGAAUGCGAACAAUGUUACAAAACCUGCCAAUGUCAGGAGCAAAGACUCCGGAUGUCAGCCGUCAUCUCAUAUUCCCCACGCUCAAGAAAUUACGACCCAACCAUAUCGACACGAGUGUCAACGAGACCAAGCUGAAGAGUUCAGUGCUUCUACCGAUGAUAGGAACGCCGUAUGUGAUUAAGAUCAGCAUAACGAAAUCCUGGAAAGGCUCCGAAGUGACCGUUGCACCAACUAUCACAUGGAGUAUUGAGUUCUAUGGCAUGCACUGGAACGAAAUUAUCAAUACGGCGAGCCGAGAUGGCCGAAAGAAGGACUGGGGCAAGGAUAUGGACAAGAUCUGGGCAGGAUCUGACCCAAGUCUGGAGUCCAGGCUUGGGGAUUUCCUCCACUGUAUCUUGCGUAUCCAGGCGGCCUUGGAUGAUUUGGUAGCCAGCCGGGCACAGCAAUCUGAGUAG